CGGCGGCGGGGCGAGCGUUCAGUGUCAGUCUGGCCUCCAACCACAUCACCAUGGGAAAGAUCAUAUUCUACGAGGACAGAAAUUUCCAGGGUCGGCACCAUGAGUGCAUGAGCGACUGUGCCGACCUGCACCCCUACUUCAACCGCUGCAACUCCGUCCGAGUGGAGAGCGGCUGUUUCAUGGUGUACGACAGACCCCACUACCUAGGCCACCAGUACUUCCUGCGCCGUGGCGAGUACUCGGACAACCAGCGCAUGAUUGGCAUCAAUGACUGCAUUCGCUCCUGCCGCAUGAUUCCCACGCAUCGUGGUUCCUACAAAAUACGACUGUAUGAGCGUGCGGACAUGGCUGGCCAAAUGCAGGAGAUCAGUGAAGACUGCCCCAACGUCCAGGACCGCCUGCGGAUGUCUGACAUCAACUCGUGCAACGUGGUCGACGGCCACUGGCUGCUGUACGACCAGCCCAACUUCAAGGGAAGAACCUACUACCUGAGACCCGGAGAAUACCGCCGAUACAGUGACUGGGGUGGCGCCAGCCCAAGGAUCGGCUCUCUCAGGCGAAUCACCGACUUCAACUAAAAGAACUUUGUGUCUCUAAUAAACCUGCUUGGCUGAA